UAUCACCGGAUCUUUUCAUGUUAGACGCUAGAUUUGCUCCCGUGACGACAGGAUACAGACUUCAUUACCGUGCUCUUCCAUAAAAAGAACAUUUGUUUCUUAAAGAUGCAGAUCUUUGUAAAGACGCUGACUGGCAAGACCAUCACCCUUGAGGUGGAGCCCAGUGACACCAUUGAGAAUGUCAAGGCCAAGAUCCAGGAUAAAGAAGGCAUUCCUCCUGACCAGCAGCGUCUGAUCUUUGCCGGCAAGCAACUGGAAGAUGGCCGCACCCUCUCCGACUACAACAUUCAGAAGGAAUCCACCCUCCAUCUUGUCCUUCGUCUGAGAGGUGGUAUGCAGAUCUUUGUCAAGACCCUGACUGGCAAGACCAUCACCUUGGAGGUGGAGCCAAGCGACACCAUUGAGAACGUCAAGGCCAAAAUCCAAGAUAAAGAAGGUAUUCCACCUGACCAGCAGCGUCUGAUCUUUGCCGGCAAGCAGCUCGAAGAUGGCCGCACCCUCUCCGACUACAACAUUCAGAAGGAAUCCACCCUCCAUCUUGUCCUGCGUCUGCGUGGUGGUAUGCAGAUCUUUGUCAAGACCCUGACUGGCAAGACCAUCACCUUGGAGGUGGAGCCAAGCGACACCAUUGAGAACGUCAAGGCCAAAAUCCAGGAUAAAGAAGGUAUUCCACCUGACCAGCAGCGUCUGAUCUUUGCUGGCAAGCAGCUCGAAGAUGGCCGCACCCUCUCCGACUACAACAUUCAGAAGGAAUCCACCCUCCAUCUUGUCCUGCGUCUGCGUGGUGGUAUGCAGAUCUUUGUCAAGACCCUGACUGGCAAGACAAUCACCUUGGAGGUGGAGCCAAGCGACACUAUUGAGAACGUCAAGGCCAAAAUCCAGGAUAAAGAAGGUAUUCCACCUGACCAGCAGCGUCUGAUCUUUGCCGGCAAGCAGCUCGAAGAUGGCCGCACCCUCUCCGACUACAACAUUCAGAAGGAAUCCACCCUCCAUCUUGUCCUGCGUCUGCGUGGUGGUAUGCAGAUCUUUGUCAAGACCCUGACUGGCAAGACCAUCACCUUGGAGGUGGAGCCAAGCGACACCAUUGAGAACGUCAAGGCCAAAAUCCAGGAUAAAGAAGGUAUUCCACCUGACCAGCAGCGUCUGAUCUUUGCUGGCAAGCAGCUCGAAGAUGGCCGCACCCUCUCCGACUACAACAUUCAGAAGGAGUCCACCCUCCAUCUUGUCCUGCGUCUGCGUGGGGGCAAUUAAUCUACCCUCAAUGGUUAAAGUCUUCAAUUGAUUAAAUUCCCUCCCCUUGUUCCUCCUUAAUCAUUCAAUAAAGUUCAAGCAUUCCUCACGGA